UCCCCUUCCCCUCAUCACCAUAUACCUAAGACGCAGAGAGCCAGAUGAAAACCACAUUAUUGUAGAGUUCACUCUCAUUUGUGCACAUGCACAAACCAACAGGUUUUUCUCCCUGCUGCUAAUCGUGAGCCCGGAAGGAUUGCUGUUGACACUGUUUACUGCUGUGGUGCUCGAAGAGGAGAGUGUACUCCUGCGUCAGACUGCUGUUUACAGAGGGGUGUGAAGCUGCUGGAGCAUGUGGUUGCCGGUGAUCACUGACCUCUCCUCUCUGUCCAUGCUGAUCAAAUAGGGAGAAGACAAAGAAAUACAAGGUGUAAUGGCUGCUUGAGUAAACUGAAAUGACUCAGAAUGCGUCUAGAUGGUGGGGAGAGUCCCCGUCCAAUUCCUCUUCAUCACAAUGUGACCACAACAUGACCAGCUGGGAGCAGUGCAUGGACAAGAUGUACACAUACUUCUACCUGCUCCUCUUCAUCCCUGGUCUGCUUCUCAACACCAUUGCUCUGUGGGUCCUCUGCAGACACAUUAGUAAGAAGACCAAGGCGGUGAUCUUCAUGAUAAAUCUGGCAGUAGCAGACCUGGCCCACAUCCUCUCCCUGCCCCUCAGGAUUUAUUAUUACUUCACACACAACUGGCCCUUUGGACAAGGCAUCUGCUUGUUCUGCUUCUAUCUAAAAUACCUCAACAUGUAUGCAGCUAUUGCUUUCCUGGUAUGUAUUAGCAUCCAGAGGUGUGUCUUCCUGCUCAACCCAUUUGCUGCUCGCCGGUGGAGGCGGCGCUUUGACCUGCUGAUCAGCAUGGCAGUGUGGCUGGUUGUUGGUGUCGCCUGCUCACCUUUCAUUGUGAUGCGCACCCAGAGCAGUAACACCACCAGCUCUGAUACCAGCCCACAGACAGUCAAUGACAUGGCCUCCUCUCUUGGUAUCACAACCAGUUAUCCUUACACCAUGCUUUAUGCUGCAUCUUUGAGUUCAAGCCCCAGCACAUCCAUUACCAGUUCUACCACAGUGGGCUGUUUCAAGGAUUUGCCCAUGCGUCGUCUGCCCCUCUCUCUCUCCCUAACAAUGAUGGCUUUUGCUGAGCUGUUUGGUUUCCUGAUCCCUUUGGCCUGCAUCGGUUACAGCUCCUUUCGCAUCGCCCGCUCCCUCAACCAAAAACAGAACCAUGACCAGCAAUAUUCAACCACACUCAAUUCCUCAGCACGCAGCCGACUGCAGUCGGUCACCUCCAACAGUGGGACAGAGAAACAUCACGAAAGGCUGACAACUGGUGAGAAGCGGCGUGCUCUUCGGAUGGUGCUGAGCUGCUCUGCCCUCUUCUUGAUCUGCUUUGCCCCCUAUCACAUCAAUUUCCUGCUCUACCUCAUGGUGUCGCAGGACCUAGUGUCCCACUGUGGAACAAGGCUGGCUGUGCGUCAGUUCCACCCGGUGUCUCUCUGCCUGGCCAGCCUGAGCUGCUGCCUCAACCCCCUGCUUUAUUAUUUUCUAACAGCUGAAUUCAGGUUGCACCUCACCAGGCGCACCUCCUCCUUCACCUCCUCACUCCUCUCCUCUCCAAUCAGCUCCCCGACCCAUCGCCCCCCACAGUGCAGAAUGAUGAGCAUGGAGAGUAGCUGCUCGGACAGGGACACUUGCUUACUGUCAUCUCCACUGCAGCUGGAUGAGAACACUCCGUGGGAGAUUGAAGCAGCAGCGUCUCUGUGGCUUUGCACAGUUACACUUCCUGUUAGUUCACAAGGAAGCUUGUCCAAACAAUCAACAGUGACUGGACCUUUGCUUAAGAUGACCGUGGGCAACCACAGCUGUGACAGCAUUGAAGUGUUUCGCACGUACCAGCACCAAGUGUAUGCAGUGGUGUACAGUGUGAUCCUAGCGCCAGGCCUUCUGGGUAAUGUGCUGGCCAUCUGGGUUUUCAGAGUUUACGUUAAAGAAACCAAGAAGGCUGUGGUGUUCAUGAUGAACCUGGCUGUGGCCGACCUGCUGCAGGUGCUCUCUCUGCCUCUGCGGAUCUACUACUACCUAAAGGACUCCUGGCCCUUUGGUCAUCCGCUCUGUAUGAUCUGCUUUUAUCUAAAGUAUGUCAACAUGUAUGCCUCCAUCUACUUCCUGGUGUGUGUCAGUGUGCGCCGCUGUGAGCUCAUCAUGCGUCCGCUGAGGUACAACUCAGCAAAGCGGAGAGGAGACUGGUAUAUCUGUGCUUUUGGCUGGCUGUUGGUCUGCCUGGGCUGUCUGCCUUUCCCUCUGCUGAGGAACCCCAGCAGUGUAUUAUACAAUAACUCAAGUGACGCUUCAGAGGCCUCCACCCUUCUCACCAGACCUGUGUGUUUCUCAGAGCUGCCCAUGAGGCCUGUCGGUAUCCCAGCAGCCUGGGUCCUCCUGAUCCUUGCCGAGCUUUUGGGCUUCAUCAUCCCUCUCAUCCUGGUGUUAGCUUGCACCUGUCUGACUGCUGGGAGUCUUCGGCAGUCAACAGUGGGGGCCAUUCCUGACCGAGGGGAGAAGCGAAGGGCAUUACGGAUGGUGUUGAGCUGUGCUGUGGUCUUCCUAUUAUGCUUUGCUCCUUACCAUGUCACCAUGCCCCUGGACUUCCUGGCGAAAGCCAACACCCUGAGCAGCUGCAGCCUCAGAAACCUGAUUCAGCGAUGUCACCCCGUCGCUCUUUGCUUGGCCAGCUUGAACUGUAGCCUGGACCCUCUUAUGUACUAUUUCACCACUGAUGAAUUCUGGAGACGACUGAGCAAGCCGGAGAUACCAGAGAGCAUGACCUUCAGCAGGCGCCUGUCCUGUAUAACUGGAGGAGAGGACCGGGAAGAAUAGACUGCGGACUCAGUGUCUUAAACUUUCAUGUGAAGGACUAUCAGUUGGACCUCAACCACUAAACCCUGAGGUAAAUGCUAUGCAUUCCUCAAACUAUGAACAUGUUAGACAUGUCAAUAAGUACAAGAGAUGAUUGGGAGUAUGUUCAAAUGUGGUUUUUAUUUCUAUUUAUACUUCAAUAAAAGCUGUGUCUUGUUUUUCUA